GUAGCAUGCAGCUAGCUAGCUGACGGAGAAAUGAAAAUCUCUGCGAGUGUGAACUGAAUUUGUCGUUUCUUCAUCCAGGGUAUACUAUGAUGAACAUAAGUUUUGGUCACAAACACAGUUGAGAUUUGGUUCGAUAUGGCUUUGGCCACAAAUGGGCGUGGAGAUGCGAAGAAACAGGUUGAGAAAUGGAGUGAAAGAGAUCGCCAGAAAACACGACAUCGAGUGCCCGGCCAGGAUUCAACGCCAGUGAUUGACUACACCAAUUUGGACUUGCUCAACAAUCAUGAGGGUCUGAAGGGAAGGACAAAGCAUGAGAGCACAGAAGAUGGUCAUCGUUUCUUCAUCGACAACUACCAACGUUUGUUUGCCAAUAACAAGCCACUCCCAGGCAUCCCAUUGGGCAGACGGGAUCAGCCAAUGAAAAGCAUAUCCAACGCAUCCACCGGUUCAGCUACCAGUCUUUCCUGUGGUAAAGAACACCUUGAUGGCAUUGAGGUACCGCAGACUUGGAGUCAUCAUAUAGCGGACCACAUGGCCAAGCUGCACAAGGAGAGGAAGAUAGUGGAUCCAGUUAUCAUUGCUUCCAAUCGCAUCAAGGAUCUCAGGAACAUCCUCAAGAAACUACCCUACGAGAGAACGGCUGAGGAUAAUGACAUCGUCUUCACCCACCUGAAGGAGUUCCCACUCCUAGCCGACCAGUUGUCCAGCAAGGAGCUGAAGGAACUCUGCACUGUGGCUCAGCUGGACGUCUGGAAAGAUGAGGAUUACACGGUAUUUGGUAACGGCGGUUUCUACAUCAUCCUGCGGGGUUCAGUCAUACCACAGACAGAGCCCUGGAUCAGGACCAGAGACAACCCCGGCCGGUUCCGCAGCCCAACACCCAUCCUGACCACAACGAUCCACACCGAUAAGAAACUCAAAGAGCUGACUGUCGGCGAUUGCUUCGGGACUUUGGAGAGACUUGAAGGAAAAGAUCCCAACAGCAAGGUAUUGACAGUUCUCACGAAGACUGUUCCCUGUGAGUUCCUGAAGAUUUCUAGUAACGAUUACAAGAGAAUAACAGAGCAAAUCCGAGAGCGGCACAUAUCCGAGAAGAUUGACCUGAUCCAGGCGUGUAAGCCCUACCAGCUCUGGCCCAGACAGUCCCUACACAAACUCGCUGAACUCAUCAAAUGGACCAAGUUUCCUGAAAACACAGUCUUGGUGAGUGAGGGCUACCUGUGUCCGUUCAUCGGUUUCCUCAAGUCGGGGGAUUGCCAUGUUCUCAGACAAGUGGAGGUGAUUCAUACUCUACCAAACGGCAAUCAGGAGAAGCGUCAGAAGCAAGUAGUCAUGGGAAAGCUCCAGGAGGCGGAGAGUUUCGGCGAGAUCAGCGUUCUGGAUGGGCAAGCAAUCACCUGCUCCAUCGUCACUGCAUCGGACAUCAAGCUGGGCAUCAUCACCCCAGAGAGAUUGACGGAACUGGAUGAGACAACCAAAGUGCUGCUGAGACAAUCCAAUGAGAGACUGUAUGGAAACCUCACACAGGACGACAUCCAUGAGGAAUACAUUGACCAGGAGAUGAAGCGUGAAUGGAACCAGUUUAAGCAUGGCGUGGUGGUUGACGUCAUCAACACCAAGGGAAUCAGGCCGGGCUACGGCAAGUGGGCCAGCAAAUGAAUCGGUUAUUACAUGCGACAGAAUCCAAUCAAAGAUUGUAAUGGAGCUUUUGUAUAUUUCUUCCAUUUAUGUUUGAAUCAUGUAAUUUAAUUCUUAAGUACAGUCCUUUUUACUAUGUAAAAAUGUACAUAUUUUUUU